AUGGAGCACUCCGGCAAGCUGACCGAGAUGGACCCUAUGCCCAUGUGGUCCCCCGCGCCAUCUGAUCACGGCGCUCAACGCUCACGGUCACCGCUGAUACCCACGGGCAACUUCGACGGCCCUCGCACGGAGGGAAUGGCACCGCACACGGAACACGAAGGUUACAAGACAGAGCGUUCUGGCAGCGCGGCACCGUAUAGCUAUCCGGCAUAUCAGCCGAUGCCUCCGCCGCCGCCGCCGCAGCAGCAAAUGUAUGCGCCGCCGCCGACAGAGCCGAUGAUGAUGACGCCGGGGCCGUACAUGCAGGAGCACGAGGCGCUGGAUAUCGACACAUUACGGCAGAGCUGCCAGUAUAACUUGCGGGGAUAUCUGGCCCUGAAGCAGGAUUACAGACGGUACGGCGGCAACGCGUCGGAUGGUCGCCUGCAGUCUCAGACGGACCUAGUGCUGAGCGACCUGCUGGGCCUGCAGAUGGAGGUUCGCAAUCUGGCGCGCGAGGCUCAAAACCACCGCUGGCGAAAAUGGCUCAUGGGUGGCAUCUUUGCGUCGUUUAUACCACUGGUGAGGCGCAUCUUUAGGCGCAGCAACGACGAGGACUCCAAGGUGGCUUCCAACGACACCGAGUAUGCCUUUCAAAGAUCUAGGAAUAUCUUGGCUCGGAUCAAAGACAAUUUGCUUCUUUUUGGCCCUUUGAUUCCGGAUGGUGCACACGGCGAGUCCCAUCUCGAGAUGGCAUCCGAAGGGGAUGCGGUGAAUCCGUCUUUGGCCCCUACGGAGGCUGUUUCGGAGGAGACGCAGGAACAAAAAGACCGGCGCUUUCGCAAGCUCUACAAUAGCCCGCCGGAUUUCAAGCAGCUUGCUGCGCUAGACGCCGACUUCUCCGCAGUAGUCCAGGGACGCGACCUGGAUUUCAGAGACCCCAAGGCUGUCAUGCAACUUUCCAAGACGCUGCUUAAGCACGACUUUGGCCUGUCACUAGACCUGCCAGAUGACCGCCUUUGCCCGCCGAUACCUAAUAGACAUAAAUAUAUUUUAUGGCUCAAAGAUUUACUCGACUUCACUACAUACAACGCCCCUGGCGGAAAGCUCGUGGGCAUAGAUAUCGGCACAGGAGCUAGCUGCAUAUAUCCAAUGCUUGGCUGCACUCAGAGGCCGUGGUGCUUUAUUGCAGCAGAUAUCGACGACGAGAGUCUGCGCUGGGCCUCAAAGAACAUUGAGCAAAACCACUUACAAAACCGUAUCAAACUCGUCAAGUCGAACCCAGAUGGUCCCAUCAUCCCCAUAGACUCAAUCACUGCCACAGAGGAAGUCGCUUUUGUCAUGACGAACCCGCCGUUUUACAGAUCCGCCGCGGAAAUGGACGAGCGCGCCGCCGAAAAGGCCCUCCCGCCGCUCACAGCCUGCACGGGCGCCCCCGUCGAGAUGGUGACAGACGGCGGCGAGGUCGCUUUUGUUGGGCGCAUUCUCGACGAGUCCCUGGCGCUGCGCGGGAGGAUCCAGUGGUACACGGCCAUGCUCGGCUUCCUGUCGAGCGUCGCCGCGCUGGUGCAGCGGCUGCGUGACAACGGCGUCGGCAACUACGCCGUGACCGAGUUUGUGCAGGGCAGGAAGACGAAGCGAUGGGCGGUGGCGUGGAGCUUUCGAGCGAUGCGCCCGCCGCAGGCGAUUGCGCGGGGGGCAGUGGCGGGCUCAUUGAAGGGCUACCUCCCUGCGCACACGGAAAUGACGGUAGUUGAGUUUCCCGAGUUUCAUCGUGUAUCAGAGUUUGCAAGCCGGCUGCGAGACGCCAUUGCGGCUUUGGAGGCAAUACACUGGGAAUGGGAUAGGCAAAAGUUAGAAGGCACGCUGAGGGUCGCGGACAAGGUAUGGACGAGGGCGUGGCGACGGCAAAAGCAACGCGGAAUGGACACGAGCCUAGAAGGAGAGGAGAGACCCGUCAAGGAAGAGCUCGGUUUCGGUAUCUACAUCAACGUGAACCUGAAUGGGGUAUUGGUUCGCUGCCGCUGGAUUGAGGGUCAUGAUGAGUCUGUCUUCAUUAGCUUCUCGGGCUAUCUUAAGACAACGGCCAAGAGCGUGCAUAGCAGCCUAGAUGAAACCAAGAAACCCGAAAAGGCGGAAUGA